GGUCUGUGAAGGGACAAGGGCGAGGAGAGAGGCAGAGAAGGGAUGUGAUCUGACCAGGAAGAGUACACUCGGGUGUGUGAUAAGAUGGACAAAGGAAGGCUCAAUGUGGAGAAAGUGUGGGCACACGUGGGAGGGAGGAGAGUGAUGGGGCAAGGCACAGAACAGGAUGCGGCAACGGGGUCACGGAGGGGGUGAGACACCGAGAAGGGGAUAAGGACACAGGGACACAAAGGUGAUAGGACUGGAGGGAGAGCAGAAAGAACAAAGUGGGAGGCAAGAGGGACUGAAGGCAGGAAGAUAGGGAUACUGGCUGAGGGAGAUGGGGUCACAUUGGCUGUGGGCAUGAAGAGCAGGAGGAAGGGGUGAGAUGCAGGGGGAGGGAGUGUGAUUACCUGGAAGGAGCAGAUACAGGAAGGUUUAUUUCUCACCUCUACUUUCUGUCCCCAGCGACCCCAGCCUUCCACUCUGGCGGACCCCUGAGAGUGAUGGUAACAGCCAGAGCAGGACUCCGCCCCUGACCAAGCCCAGCACCAUGACCUCAGCUCAGUGGUCUGAAACCCAGCACGUGCAACCCAGGCCCUGGGGAUGUAACACAGCCAUGGGCAACAUCAACAAGGACCCCAGAUGCUGCAAAGACCUCCUCAACACCUUCCUGCACGAAUCCUCCCCUGGUGUGGCCAAAGCCUGUCAGAACCCAAUCAUUGCUUGCAAGAGUGGCCAUGAAAACUGCCACCAGAGCCAAGGGCCUGUGUCCCUGACCACGUGUGAGCUCACCUCGGGGAGGUAUCCAGACUGCAGGUACAAAGAGCACCUGGCGGCUUCUCACAUUGUGGCCUGUGAGCCUCCCCAGUGGAAGGACCCUGGGCAGUUCCAGCUGGUCCCUGGGCACUUGGACAAAGUCCUCUAGGUUCCCAGCCUUCUGCCCCUUGGGCUGCACCUCGGUUCCCUUCCAGGCCUCCGCACCACUCCCCCUACUCCCAGAAGCUUCUCCUCCUUUCAUGUCUUGGGGCCCUUCCUAAUUCACGCUUUCCUGAGAGGCUGAGGAGGAGCUAAGGUUGAUACGUUGGUGAGCUAAGCUCCAGAAGAGAUGGUCUUUCAUCCUCCUGCCCCACCUUAUCAUGGCAUCAUGACAAGAGAAGGAAAUAAAUGAAAAAGGUGUUUGUGAUUUAUGGACAGAGCUGUUUCUGUUCCUAAACUAGAAAUCUUACCCGGCUCUGACGGGUGGUGAGGGGACCUGUGUGCAGAAAGGUGGCCAGAAGGAAAGAAGACAGAGACAUCCGUCCCACUUCAUAUUCCUCUACAUUUCAGGCUUUCCGUGGUGUAGCAUAUGAGACCCUUGUGGGAGAGACUUGACAGGGAUCGCUUGCCUCUACAGGAUGAGAAAAUUUGAGAUUUCACAAAGUGUAAUUAGAGCUUACCCAGUUGGGUAGUAGCAGAACCUGCACUUGAACCAAUGAUUCCUUAUUCGAAAUACAGUGCACUUUCCACUUUACCACUGGGCAGCAAAGGGGAGAGAAGGUAAGAAAGGGAUGAUCAAAAGAAAGAGAGCAGAAGACUUAGUCCAUUCCCACUGGACAAGAGGAGAACUAGGUGAGAGUUCACCCAUGAAGAAAUGCACCCUGAGAGCUCUGAAGAGCCAGGUACCCUGCACUGGCUGCAGUAAAGUUCAUCACCUCUCUAGCCAAGAGCCUGCUGGUGAGGUACUGCAGGACCUUGAUCCAUUCUCUCUCGGCCUCUCUAACUGCCCUCCCCCUUCUCCAGCCCACUGAUCUCCCCACCUGGGCCCUGGACCUGGCUCUGACUAAAUUCCCUUGGCCUGAAGACACAGGGUCAGGGGAGUGUCCCAGCUUCAUGCCCCUGUUCCAGGAUCACAUUUCCCUUGACCUCAGGGGACUUCCAUGGCCCAGAGCCUGCUUGUCACAAACAGGCUGGUGGGAGCUGCCAGAGCUUCCUUCCUCCCAUAGUGAUCUCUCCUACCUCGGGGCUUCCCUGACUCUCCACCCUGGCAGGCUGCCCAGGCUGGAGGGGUUGAGAUGUGGAAAUGCCAUCUCCCUGUCCUCCUGGACUGCAGACAUAAUUUCUCCCUCCCCAGCGUGUGGAGCUGGAGAAGCUAUGGGUUUAUGCCAGCUCAGUCCUGGUUGCUCCCCAAUACACAGAUUGCCUGCAGCCCUGACCAUCACCUUCUCUCUUCCUUUAUAUCAGCCCCGACAGACGGCACUGUGCCCAUGCCCUCCCUAUAGCAGCACCUACCCAAUUGCAUUGUUACACCUUCCCUUCCCAGCUGAAGAGUCUACUCUCUGCCAGACCCUUUACUUUCUAGUGCUCCUUCACUCCUUACCAGAGCCAGAGUAUGCUUCGAGCUUAAAACUGGGUGUAAAAAAAAGAGCUUGAAACAUCUUGUUCCUACCAAACAAGAUGGCAGGAAGAUUUAGAAAUGGUAGCUUUGAAGACAGUCUGCCCUAAACACCAGUAGGCAGACAAUAAUAAUAACUAGUAGUAAUAGUAGCAUGCAGUAGUCCAGCCACAUCCAUCUUUGGUAAACACACAGACCAAAGCAAACAGCCUACUCAGUUCUCCUUGAGUGCUUCUGCUAGAGGGACGUUCAUGAGAGGCUAGAGGACAAGUCUGCAGGCAGAGCCCUGAGGAGAGAUGGUAGGAAAGGGAUGAUCAAAAGGAAGAGAGCAGAACAUUGAACCGUUCAAACAGAGUGUGGGGCCAAUAAGUUGAUGAGUCUUGAAAGUAGAGGUGUACCACAUACACACUGUGGCCAUAUGCCCAGGGGCUAAGUGUAAGAUCUAUGUGUCCUGUGGCCAUUAUACUAGAUAUUUUUCAGUCUGAAUAGAUGGUUUUCACCUGAGGUGCACAGUAAAGUAAAAUAUUUAGAGGGAGCUGAUUUUUCUUUUCACUUUAUUCUUUUUGCACAACUCUUUAUAUAUUGUUUAUUAAUGAUUUUCUUAUGGUUUUGAAGACAUCCUCCUCAAAAAAUUUUGAAGUGGCUAAAAUUACACCCUUAGCACAUCAUCUCAAAAUGAGAAUUUCCAAAUAGAACUUCUUGAAAAACUCAUGACCUAAAAAAUACUAAAUAACUAAAAAUUAAGCAUAAUUCAAAACUAAUCUGUGGUGAUAGAGAUCAGAAGAGUGGUACUCUUGAGGAGUAGAAACUGGGAAGGGGAAAAAGGGAGGCUGGAAAGGUUCCUUUUUGGUGUGGAUGUUUACUUUGUGAAAACUCAUUGCUAUACACCUAAUAUUUGUCUAUUUGCUGUGUGUUACACCUCAAUUUUAAAAAUCCUAAAAAUACAGUCCUUAAGGCUAUUUUAUCUAACAUGGUAAGUGUUAAUACACCAGUGAAUUCUAUAAAG